CUUCGUUUUAACAUUUAUUCGGUGCCAUGGCGUCGAUUGAGGCUUGGUUCAUGGACGAUUCUGACAAAGAUCAGAGAAUGCUGCAUAAGCUAAACCCAAACGAACCUGUGUCUUUGGAGGAGUUAGAAAAGCUUGGGGUUUUCUACUGGAAGGUAUCUAGCCAGCUAGCGAGCAAGGGAUAACAACUUGAUAACUUCAGCUAUCAAGAAAAAGUAGUCAACGUAUAGCUACUUAGUUAUUCACGGUCAAACCCGUCUGGGAAUGCUAUUUUACACAAAUAAAUGUGACUAGUUAAAUUGGAUUGCGUAACAGUAGCGUCUGAGUUGCAAGUCUGGUCUCAUAGACUAGACGUAACAUAGUAAACGUUAAUCCGGGACGUUCAAAUUUGUAUAGUUUACGUUUGGGAUAAUUAAGGUGGAUGGGUAGGUUUAUAACGCGAAUGUCUAGCAAUCCAAAGGUUGCGUGUUCGAAUCUCAUCAAAGACAAAUUUUGUAUUUUAGCUAAUUUGCAACUACUUGCUACUUUGCAACUACUUAGCAUGUUAGCUAACCUUUAACUCUUUAACAUAACUCCUACCCUAGCUAUCGUUAGCGCAACAAGUUGUAAUUCGUAACAUAUUGUACGAGACUAGAGACUGACUGGUUGGUUCUGUACUGUCCAUGUCUUCCAGUUAGAUGCUGAUAUUUAUGAGACAGACCCUGCGCUGGAAAAGAUCCGUAAAGACAGAGGCUACUCCUACUCUGACAUAAUCACUAUCCACAAGGACAAACUACCCAACUAUGAGGACAAGGUAAUACCUGCAUACAGUGACAAGAACACAUUUGAGUGUGCUCAGAGUCAGAUUACAAUUCAUGUUUCACUUGUUAUUCUGUAUGCAAAUAUUAGACUUGUUAUAAUGGUACACUUGAUAAAAGCACAUGAAUAAAAAGUGUCCUGCCAUAUGUGUACUCCUGUCCCCAGCUGAAGAUGUUCUUUGAGGAGCACCUCCACCUGGAUGAUGAGAUCCGCUACAUCCUGGACGGCAGGGCCUACUUUGACGUGAGGGACAGGGAGGACCGCUGGAUCCGCAUCGCCAUGACCAAGGGAGACCUGAUCACUCUGCCGGCAGGCAUCUACCACAGAUUCACUCUGACUGAGACCGUACGGCUCCAUUUGUCAUUUGGCUGUCUACAACACCUACAGUAAAACUGUCCAACAUGGAGGGGAUUCGAUUAUCUGGCCAGGGUUGCCCUGUGGGAAGCAUUUUCACCGGGCGAAAAGUGAUUGCAUUAGUUUUGGAACCGGGAUUUCUCCCAGGCGUGAGCCAGGUGCCCCGCUCGUGGCCGACGGCAAAGUGACAUAGGUUAAGUACGUGGAGUAAUGAGUAGGAUUCUGUGUUUUCACAUGCAAAAGUGAUUGCUUUUGAUAAAAACACUAUCUGCCUUCUGAAUGAAAACUAGUAAGAAAACUUGUAUGUUUCUGAACGAUACACCAUGCUGACUUGUUGACAACAUGACCGAGCGGUGCAGAUUACUGUUAGAUUUGAGACUACUGUUCCAUUUGAGAAGGGCGCUCCUCCCUCACCGCUUUUCCCUGUUGAUAUCACUGGCCAUACAGUGCCUUCAGAAAGCGUUGAUACCCCCUUGAUUUAUUCCACAUUUUUUUGUGUUACUGCCUGAAUUCAAUUUUAUUUAAUUUUUUUACCCAUCUACACACAAUACCCCAUAAUGACAAAGUGCAAACAUGUUUUAAGAAAUAUUUGCAAGUUUCUUAAAUGAAAUACAGAAAUAUCUAAUUUACAUACAGUGAGGGAAAAAAGUAUUUGAUCCCCUGCUGAUUUUGUACGUUUGCCCACUGACAAAGACAUGAUCAGUCUAUAAUUUUAAUGGUAGGUUUAUUUGAACAGUGAGAGACAGAAUAACAACAACAAAAUCCAGAAAAAUGCAUGUAAAAAAUGUUAACUGAUUUGCAUUUUAAUGAGGGAAAUAAGUAUUUGACCCCUCUGCAAAACAUGACUUAGUACUUGGUGGCAAAACCCUUGUUGGCUAUCACAGAGGUCAGACGUUUCUUGUAGUUGGCCACCAGGUUUGCACACAUCUCAGGAGAGAUUUUGUCCCACUCCUCUUUGCAGAUCUUCUCCAAGUCAUUAAGGUUUUGAGGCUGACGUUUGGCAACUCAAACCUUCAGCUCCCUCCACAGAUUUUCGAUGGGAUUAAGGUCUGGAGACUGGCUAGGCCACUCCAGGACCUUAAUGUGCUUCUUCUUGAGCCACUCCUUUGUUGCCUUGGCUGUGUGUUUUGGGUCAUUGUCAUGCUGGAAUACCCAUCCACGACCCAUUUUCAAUGCCCUGGCUGAGGGAAGGAGGUUCUCACCCAAGAUUUGACGGUACAUGGCCCCGUCCAUCGUCCCUUUGAUGUUUCCACCUCCAUGUUUGACGGUGGGGAUGGUGUUCUUGGGGUCAUAGGCAGCAUUCCUCCUCCUCCAAACACGGCAAGUUGAGUUGAUGGCAAAGAGCUCGAUUUUGGUCUCAUCUGACCACAACACUUUCACCCAGUUCUCUUCUGAAUCAUUCAAUGUUCAUUGGCAAACUUCAGACGGGCCUAUAUAUUUGCUUUCUUGAGCAGGGGGACCUUGCGGGCGCUGCAGGAUUUCAGUCCUUCACGGCGUAGUGUGUUACCAAUGGUUUUCUUGGUGACUAUGGUCCCAGCUGCCUUGAGAUCAUUGACAAGAUCCUCCCGUGUAGUUCUGGGCUGAUUCCUCACCGUUCUCAUGAUCAUUGCAACUCCACGAGGUGAGAUCUUGCAUGGAGCCCCAGGCCGAGGAAGAUUGACAGUUGUUUUGUGUUUCUUCCAUUUGCGAAUAAUCGCACCAACUGUUGUCACCUUCUCACCAAGCUGCUUGGCGGUGGUCUUGUAGCCCAUUCCAGCCUUGUGUAGGUCUACAAUCUUGUCCCUGACAUCCUUGGAGAGCUCUUUGGUCUUGGCCAUGGUGGAGAGUUUGGAAUCUGAUUGAUUGAUUGCUUCUGUGGACAGGUGUCUUUUUUAUACAGGUAACAUUUACAUUUACAUUUUAGUCAUUUAGCAGACGCUCUUAUCCAGAGCGACUUACAGGAGCAAUUAGGGUUAAGUACCUUGCUCAAGGGCACAUCGACAGAUUUUUCACCUAGUCGGCUCGGGGAUUAGAACCAGCGACCUUUCGGUUACUGGCACAACGCUCUUAACCACUAAGCUACCUGCCGCCCAGGUAACAAGCUGAGAUUAGGAGCACUCCCUUUAAGAGUGUGCUCCUAAUCUCAGCUCGUUACCUGUAUAAAAGACACCUGGGAGCCAGAAAUCUUUCUGAUUGAGAGGGGGUCAAAUACUUAUUUCCCUCAUUAAAAUGCAAAUCAAUUUCUGACAUGCGUUUUUCUGCAUUUUUUCUCUCUCACUGUUCAAAUAAACCUACCAUUAAAAUUAUAGACUGAUCAUGUCUUUGUCAGUGGGCAAACGUACAAAAUCAGCAGGGGAUCAAAUACUUUUUUCCCUCACUAAGUAUUCAAUACAUGUUAGAAUCACCUUGGGCAGCGAUUACAGCUGAGUCUUUCUGGCUAAGUCUAAGAGCGUUUCACACCUGGAUUGUACAAUAUUUGCACAUUAUUAUUUUUAAAAUUCUUCAAGCUCUGUCAAGUUGGUUGUUGAUCAUUGAUAGACAGCCAUUUUCAAGUAUUGCCAUAGAUUUCCAAGCCAAUUUAUGUCAAAACUGUAACUAGGCCACUCAGGAAAAUUCAAUGUCAUCUUGGUAAGCAACUCCAGUGUAUAUUUGGCAUUGUGUUUUAGGUUAUUGUCCUGCUGAAAGGUGAAUUUGUCUCCCAGUGUCUGUUGGAAAGUAGACUGAACCAGGUUUUCCUCUAAAAUUUUGCCUGUGCUUAGCUCUAUUCCAUUUAUUUGUAUCCUAAAAAACUCACUUUUCACUCUGUCAUUUAGGUUAGUAUUGUAGAGUAACCACAAUGUUGUUGAUCCAUCCUCAGUUUUCUAUCACAGCCAUUAAACUCUUAACUGUUUUAAAGUCACCAUUGGCCUCAUGUGGAAAUCCCUGAGCGGUUUCCUUCCUCUCCGGCAACUGAGUUAGGAAGUAUGCCUGUAUCUUUUGUAGUGAGUGGGUGUAUUGAUACACCAUCCAAAGUGUAAUUAAUAACUUCACCAUGCUGAAAGUAGUAUUUUAUUGGGUGACUUUCACUUUUACUUGAGUCCUUUUCUAUUAAGGUAUCUUUACUUUUACUCAAGUAUGGCAAUUGGGUACUUUUUCCACCACUGAGGUAGUCAUUAAAAAAUGUUAAGCAAAGUUUUACUCCUGAAAUUAUUUAGGCUUGCCAUAACAAAGGGGUUGAAUACUUACCCAAGACAUUUCAGCUUUUCGUUUUUAAUUAAUUUGUAAAAAUAUCUAAAAACAAAGUGGAAUUGACAUUAUGGGGUAUUGUGUGUGAGCCAGUGACACAAAAUAUCUGUGGAAAAAGUAGAGGGGUGUGAAUACUUGCUAAAGGCAUUGUAGACCGGUGCACCGCGGCUCAGCUUAAUCGAACUCCCUCAAUGUCUUGGUCAGGCCAUGUGGUUAAGAUAGGUUAUGUACAACUUCUGGCAGUGUGUACAUAACCUAUGUAAAAAUGAGAAUGUCUAGAGCCAUACUGCAUGUCCAAGUCAAAAGUAAGAUUUUUUAAAUUUCAAAUAUAAUAAAAUUUGAUUGUUUUUCCUCAUUCAUUUUACAGAACUACACUCAAGCCAUGAGACUGUUUGUGGGGGAGCCUGUAUGGAAAGCCUACAAUCGUCCAGCAGAAGAGUUUGAUAUUCGCCAGAAGUAUGUGAGCGCUCUCCAAUGCGCUAAAGACAGAGCAACAGGUGAUACUGAAUGGAUGCACAUGUACCAGUGUCCAUAUAAUUAUAAGAUCUCUAUGACCAACCAAUCUUCUAGGAACCCAUUUAGUGGACUUGGAUAAUCAAAGACUCAUGACAAAGGCUUUUGUUGUAAUAUCAAGUAUUUAAACCCAUGCAGUGUCUACAUUGUAUGGAAUUAUUAUACUAAUUAACACCACUUUAUGUAUUUUACCAACAUUAUAUGAUUUUGUCUUUAUAUUGUAGAAUGUAUUGCACAACUAAAGGCCACAUUCUAUUUUUGUAACACUACAUCAGUGAGAAUCAAGUCUAGUAAGCUGUUUGUUACCUACAGUGAGCUAAAAUGCCAGUAAACUAUCACAUAUUAAACCACUCUUCAAUAA